AUGAGGAAGCUAAAGUUUCAUGAAAAGAAGCUUUUGAAGAAGGUAAACUUUUUGGAAUGGAAGAGGGAAGGGGGUCACAGAGAGAACUUGGUUAUGCAACGCUACCAUAUUACUGGACGGGAUGAUUACAAAAAAUAUUCAAGCUUAUGCCAUAUGGUUCAGAAGUUAGUGAACAUAUUGAAACAGAUGGACCCAAAGGAUCCUUUCCGGAUUGAUAUGACUGACAAACUUUUGGAAAAACUCUAUAACAUGGGUGUGAUUCCAACCAGGCAAAGCAUCACACUAUGUGAACGCUUAACUGUGUCAUCCUUCUGUAGACGGAGGCUCUCAACUGUUCUGGUGCGACUAAAAUUUGCUGAGCACUUGAAAGAAGCUGUCACGUACAUUGAACAAGGGCAUAUAAGAGUUGGUCCAGAGACAGUUACAGACCCAGCUUUCCUUGUGACUAGAAACAUGGAAGACUUCGUUACAUGGGUGGAUUCAUCCAAAAUAAAGAGAAAGGUGCUUCAGUACAAUGACAAAUUGGAUGACUAUGAUUUGAUGAAUUGA